CUGUUGUCUUCGGUGAAACGUUUGGGAGCCAUUCGAGGCGCGGCGGGGUGAGGAGCCGGCGAGCGGGAAGGGCGGGUCCGGCCGAGGCUUUUUGCGGCUGGUGUGCGCUCUGGGGGCGGUGGCAGAAUCCGAGGCCCAGCCCUUCGGGAGACAACAUGGUGUCGUGCAUCGUUUCCCGAGUCGUUGUGUUGGUCUUUGGGAUGCUGUAUCCUGCUUAUUAUUCCUACAAAGCUGUAAAAACAAAAAAUGUCAAGGAAUAUGUGCGGUGGAUGAUGUAUUGGAUUGUGUUUGCUCUUUAUACGUUUACUGAAACAUUAACUGACCUCUUGAUCUCUUGGUUUCCAUUGUAUUAUGAACUGAAGAUUGCUUUUGUUAUUUGGUUGCUGUCUCCAUAUACAAGAGGGGCAAGUUUAAUAUAUAGGAAGUUUCUUCAUCCUCUUCUUUCUUCAAAAGAAAGGGAGAUUGACGAUUACAUUGUGCAAGCCAAAGAACGUGGUUAUGAAACAAUGGUGAACUUUGGUAAACAAGGCUUAAACUUAGCUGCUACUGCUGCAGUGACUGCAGCUGUAAAGGGUCAAGGAGCAAUAACAGAGAAAUUGCGGAGUUUCAGUAUGCAUGACCUCACAGCAGUCCCAGACGAUGAGCCAAUAGGACAAAGGCACUACCAGACUUUGCCGGCUACCAAAAAGAAAAGCAAGGGCUCGGUUCCCAACGAACCCUUAGGUUAUGGUAUCCCAUUAAAAAAGGAUUCUGAAGAUGAUAAAACAGAUGAAGAGAGGGAAGGGACAUAUUCAGAAGAUGAGAUGUUUGCUCAGAGAGGUCUCCGUCGAACACAAAGUAUGAAAUCUGUAAAAACAAUAAAAGGACGCAAAGAGGUGCGAUGUGGCUCACUAAAAUACAAAGUGAAGAGAAGGCCACAAGUGUACUUCUAAUCUACACAGUUCACCUAAAAGCAAACAUCUACGUACUAAUAGUUUUCUGUUUUUUUGGUCCAAUCUCUGAGAAACAGUUGGCAUUUGUAUGGAUUUGUACUCUCAACCCAGAGCUUCUUUUCAGUCACACAAGAGAAAGGAAAGACCACCUGGAUGCAUAUUGUGCUUCGGUUUCAUAGAUACAAAAAAUUAAAUUACAUUUUUUCUUUUAAGAGAGGAACAUAUUUAGCCAAUUUUUACUUAAUGAAACGUUUGUGAAUAUGAAUAGCGCUUUAUAUUUCUGUGCUUCAUGGAUUAAAUAAUUUCAUGACAGAUUCUUAAUUCAAUAGCUGAGUGUUUUAAAUGUUAGCUGAUGUCCAACACUUAAUAAAAAUGGCACUUCUGUAGAACUUCUGUACUAUAUUGGACAUCUUGUUGUUGAAAACAUUGUAUUUUUAAAUUCCUGCAAGGUGUCCAAGUCGAGAGUGUGAAAAAUUGAACACAGGGCAUAUUUUGGAAGUAACCGUCUGAAUGGCUUGGAUCCAAAGAGUUAUUUAAGGUCAUAGAAGAACGUUGCACCACCUCGUAAAAUCAGCCAUUUCCAUUUCAUUUUGAAAUUCCUCUCAAUGCACUGUGAUGUGAAGACACUGUUGUUCUGUUUGAAGACUGUCUUGGGUUUGUUUGUUUCAAUGCGGCUUUUGUAUUGUUUACUGCAGUGGUUUGAGUUAGCCUGUGCAUUUAGCAUAGCUGAUAAUGAAAAUCAUAGUUUUCUGUUUCUGUACAUUCAGCCAUUUAUAUUCCAUCCAUCCAUCCAUCCAUCCAUCCAUCCAAAUAGGUUCUGCAUCGGUAGAGGUCUGUUGUCCAGAUUUUCGUACAGUGAAUCUUACAGCGUUCCUUGUAGAUGCCAAGAAUUGAAGCUUGAAACUUCUGUUAUGCAAAAUAUUGCUCUACUAAUUAAUAUCUUUUUUAUCAACUACUACUUAUGAGUGUACUGAAACAGGUUAAAGGAUUUCAAAGGUAUUCUUCGAAAUUGAAUUCAAUUGUCUAUAAAUAUGUUGGAUAGGAAAAAAAAUCAUUCUGUAGUCAAAUAUGUUUUAAUCAUGUAUUGUACAAGUUUAAUAUGAAAACUUAACAUCUAACUAGCACUUUUGAAAAAAAAAUCAUUUUUUAAAAAUUUCUUAAGUGUUUUCAGAAAUCUUACAUGUUUGUGUGUGUGUUUUUAAGUGUUGUUUGGGUGACCAGUGUUCAUCUACAACAAAGCCCGAAGGGUUCGCAUUUGGGCUGUGCUUAGAUGUGUAAGGGAUAGGAGAAAACUAGAGUACUUCAGUUGUUUGACUAGUAGUAGGCAGAUCUUAAAGCCCUACUUUGUAUAGAUGACAUUGACUGAUUACUUAGUCCUUUUCUCACAGCAAAAUCUGGAAUUCUUUUUAAAGCCAUGCAUGUAAUUAAGGGUCUGAUUUUGAAGUGGUAGUUUGGAAAACAUUGCUCUUCGCUAGUUUUCUUGAAAGAUGACUUGCACUUUGCUGGUCAAGAAAGUCUUUUAGGAUAACAUGCUUUAGUAUUGCAUCUGGAUGUAAAAAUCAUGUCAAGUGCUUUUUAAAUAGUAUUUAACAAUUAAUGAGGUUGAUAGUUUUAGGUUUAUCAUAGCUAUAAAUCCUAGCAACAUUUUAUAAAGAAUACUUGAAAAAAUGGAUUUUGUUUUCACUUUUGAAACUAGGCUUUAAACAAAGAUAAGUAGAUCUCAAAGGAAGAUUAAGUUUUUGGCUUAAGAAGAAACUUGCAAAAAAUUCAGGCAAAAUAUAUAGUGUUCUCUGGAGAAGAGGCUAACAAAUUCAGUGUGGAAAUCUGGAGGUCUAUCCAAUAUAAAAAAGUAAAUUACAGUUUCUAUAUUAUUUUGGGCAUCAGAAAUAGAUUUUAUCACAGAAAGAGAGUCUGCUUUUACAUUUCAUUGUAUUUAUUAGUGUUAUGUUGGGUACAGGAAGAAUAAAAUGUGAUUAAAAGGUAUAUAAUGAACUCAGUAUGUCCUAGCAUUUACCUUUCAUAAGUUUUCCCUUAGUCUAGACCUUUGAUUGGUAAACUUUAUAUUAGAUAAAGAGAACAUCCAUCUUAAUUUCACAUUUCUUUAAGGACAUUUGUCACAUUAUAUAUAGAAAAGCUCACAGUACUAAGUCAGACAAAUAGUCAUCCUAACUUGCCUCUUCCACCAGAUCAGACCAGAUUUAAACAAUUAUUAAGUUGGCAUUUUGGUCUUUUAAAAAAAAAUAUCUAGGCCUUGUCAAAUAAAUUUGAUUUGGCAGAGAAAAAGGUAGGUUUAUUGGCUACUUUUAAGUUCUUGUUAUCCAUAUUACUGUGUAAGAUGCACAACUUCAGGGAAAAAAGAGUGUUUACUCUCUAGAAGGCAGAGAGGCUUGGCUGGUGAUAUUGACAGGUUGUUAGGAUCAUAUUUUAAGAGCAUUUUGCAUUUCCUUGUGAAGUGUGAAAGGCUGAAAAUUUGCUACUUAACUCCAUCCAUUUUUUAAACCUGUUUCCGUGGGAGUAAGAGUUUUUAAAUAGUGCAGUAGUUUCUUUAAAUUUCAGUCUUAAAUGACAAGGUAAAGUAAGAAAUUCAUUCAACACCUUUCCCUUGGAUACUGAAAAUGGAAGAGAGAGAAUGCCACAUGUGACCUGCAGAUUGCCCACCUCUCAUACAUCUGGUGUUGCCAGAGUAGGUACUUAAUGUUUCUGUCUCUAGUUCUGAGAAGUUCUAGCUUGCAUGGCCAAUAUUCAGCAUUGCAACCCCAAACAUCUGGAAUUUACUUAGGACUCACAUUUGCGUUCCCCCCCUCCAAAUUAAUGAAUAAAAGUAGACACCUUUUAAAUUUGGGUGCCUCUUAAAGAAAUCUCUCACUCUACAAGUUCCCACAGCAUAGACAUUGAGGCAUCAAAAGACUUAGAACUGUUCCCAUGAAACUACAAGUAGUACAAUAGUCAAAAUAGGUAUAUUUCACUGAGCUAAAUGCCAUGGUCACCACCAUCCAACCUAUUUUUAGUUUCAUGGCAAGAUAAAUUUUAUAUAUAAUGUAAUGGUUUACACCAUACUUUACCUGCUUUAACCAAGAUACAGGGCUUCACUAGGUCAAUGUAUUAGCAAGUAUUAUGCAAAAAAUAUAUGCAAAGGGAACAAUGGUCUGCUUAUUUAGUAAUGUUUAAGAAAUGAAAUUUCAACAUUUGGAUUCAUAAUUUUAAAGUCUAAAGCUAACUUUUCUAUCUGUAAUAAUUAAACUCGUUUAUGUAUUUGUAGUACUAAGAUAUGUCUUUUUCUAAAAUUUUGUACUGAUACUGCUGUAUCUUCAUAAUUGCUAUUUUUGAAGAUGCGAAUGAAAGCUUAUAUUUUAAAAAUGUUACUUAAUAAAAUGAAUAUUUUCCAGUG